AUGUUUCCCACUCGUGCCCUAUUGAAGCGGUCCGCAUGGAAGGGACCAAAUAUUGUACCUCUUCCGCUGCCAAAGACUAUUCCUCCUCCACCAGGAACACCAGCUAUCCGCACGCAGGCCAGAGCAGCUACCAUUCUGCCCAACUUUGUCGGAUUAAGAUUCGCAGUUCACACUGGAAAACUAUACCAGGAAGUUCUGAUUACCGAGGAGAUGGUUGGGAGAAAACUUGGAGAAUUUGCGCCGACUCGAAAACGAUUCACCUACCAACACUCAAAGAACAAGUAA